AACCGUAAAACUGGAAAACCCAACCUUUAUUAUGUUAACCGUCUCUCUAACUCCUACAGUCCUACCUGACUGGAUUUUAAUUACCAUUUCGCCCCAGCCUUAAAAUCUUAAAAGUUCGUUUAUUUAUAUACAAGCCCUUGAAGUUUUUUGAUAUUGCGAUUUUGCUUUACGUUCUUGAUCUUUUACUCGGACGAUCUCUGAGAGGAACACGAGAACUUGAAUUCCGAGAAAAAAUCUUUCUGGAGAAGAAAUCGAAGUAGUGAACUUUCUCGAAUCGACCAAAAAGAAUGUGCCCCUUCGAAGCUCGUCGUGCUCCACCAGGGGUAUACUGGACUCCGCCGCCGGCGAGAAGAACAGAUCAUGCAGCGGCGAUGCCGAUGUCGGAGAGGAGAAGACCACCGUCAUCUGAGAAAUGCGAUCCCUUUCACAUCGUCCACAAGGUUCCUUCUGGUGAUUCUCCUUACGUCAGAGCCAAACAUGCUCAGUUGGUGUCUAAAGAUCCGAACCGAGCUAUAUCACUGUUCUGGGCUGCAAUAAACGCUGGUGAUCGUGUUGAUAGUGCGUUGAAGGACAUGGCUGUUGUUAUGAAACAGCUUGACCGGUCUGAUGAAGGCAUCGAAGCCAUCAAGUCCUUUCGCUAUCUCUGUCCUUUCGAGGCUCAAGACUCCAUUGAUAACUUGCUUCUCGAACUCUACAAAAAGUCGGGGAGGAUUCAAGAAGAAGCUGAGUUGCUUGAGCACAAGCUGAAAGUGAUUGAGCAAGGAAUGGGGUUUGGUGGUAGGAUCGUGAGAGCAAAGAGGGUUCAAGGGAAACACGUCACCAUGACUGUCGAGCAAGAGAAAGCAAGGGUACUUGGAAACUUGGGAUGGGUUCAUUUACAGCUGCAUAACUAUGGAAUUGCAGAGCACCAUUACAGGAGAGCUUUGUGUUUGGAACCAGACAAAAACAAACAGUGCAACCUGGCCAUCUGCUUGAUGCGUAUGGGUCGAAUCUUAGAAGCUAAAUCUCUGAUUGAUGCUGUGAGAGAUUCUUCUGCAGAGAUCGAGUCCGGAGACGAACCGUUCACGAAGUCUUAUGACAGAGCCGUUGAGAUGUUAGCAGAAGUGGAAUCUAAAGAUCCAGAAGAUGGUCUUUCAGAUAAGUUCUAUGCGGGAUGUUCAUUUGCAAACGGAACAAUGAAGGAAAAUAAAGCUCCUCGAGACGCAAACAGGAACCACUCGCAUGUUCCUCCUUCUCCAGCAUCUGUUAGACAAAACUCUGCAGGCUUGUUUACACAACCACGAGGAUGCAAAGGGGAUCAGAAGAAUGGGGUGAAUGAGGAAGAGACAGGGGGUGCAGCUCGAAAGCUACUGUUUGACAAACCUAUUGGUUCUCAGCAUGUUAAGCUUUUGAAGAGUGGAGAGGGAGAAGAACACAUGAAGGGAAAGAAGCUGGACCAAAACAUGAUUCAUGAUCUCCAUGAAUACAUCAAAGAUACUGCAGACUGUUUGAAGAGUGGAUCUAAGAAAAGCUGGGCAGAUAUGGCCGAAGAGGAAGAGGAAGAUGAAGAAAGUGUGCAGUCACAGCUUAAAACUGCAGAAAUUGUAUAGGCUUAACAUUGUAAUGUUUGCAUAGGCAUAUGGAUUUUACAUUCCAGGACAAAUCUUAGUUCAAUAACAUAACACACAAAGCACAUAAAGAGAGAAACUUCAAUUCAAAGAACAAACAUUAAAAAGAUGAGUGGCACGACUUACAGCUUGUGUGAAAGUAAUACUAGUAGUAAUCAAUCAUGUCUUCUUAAGCUUCUUCUUCCUCUUCCUCUUCCUCCUCCUCAUACUCUUCUUCACCGACUGUAGCAUCCUGAUAUUGCUGGUACUCUGCAACAAGAUCGUUCAUGUUACUCUCAGCUUCGGUGAACUCCAUCUCGUCCAUUCCUUCUCCCGUGUACCAA